AUGCGUCAAAAUAAAUAUGAGAUCAUAUCUUUUCUGCAGAAAAGAGAAGAAACGCGCCAAAAAGCUUUAGAGACUAUAGCUAAUAGAAAUGUUGAGGACCCAGAAUUAGCUAUGUUUUCAGACUACGUUAAAAAUGUUUUACAAAAAUUACCGUCCACUUUGAAAGUAAAGGCAAAAAAAGAAAUUUUUGACGUCCUCGUGAAGUAUGAAUAUGAAUCGUUGAACGUUGAAGCAUCUACACCUAUGCUGCCUGCUAAACUUAAUUCGCCCAAACUAUCAGCCGAUUCCGUUCCGCGUACAAAUCUAAAUACGCUGUCCACAUAUAACUUCCGGGCGUACUCGCCUAUAUCACAAGCAGUGGACAUGGACAUGGAAGCUACGGACUUAAGUUUAAUACGUAUUAUUACAGAAGAUGACGGAACAUACGAU